GAAUAAUAGAUUUCAUUGUUAGGAACCAAUAAUUGUGAUAACCUAUUAUAAAUUAUAAUUGUAAUUCAAAAGCUGAGUUGCAGAUUCACAUUGGUUGACGGUUGGCUUGAUAUAACAUCAAUCAUAUAGUCGGUUCAUGCAUCUGUGGUGAGAAUUCUGAAUCCUUCAAAUUUCAAGAUAUUUUCGGUAUUCGUGAAACAAGACUGAAAUGCCAGCUAGACUUCUAGAAUCAGAACGUCAUUCAAGAAAUUCAGUUGAUGAGGUUAUUGCCAUCACAGGAAUUUCUGGUCGUUUUCCCGAGAGCAACACCAUCAAUGAAUUCAAGGAGAAACUUUUCGAUGGUGUAGACCUCGUCACGGAGGAUCCACGAAAAUGGCCUUCUGGUUUGAAUGGUUUACCAACACGUUCCGGUAGAAUCAAAGAUUUGCAAUAUUUUGACGCCACAUUCUUCGGAGCUCACUCUAAGCAAGCACACGCUAUGGAUCCACAGUUGAGAAUGCUUCUAGAAUCAACAUACGAAGCUAUUGUAGAUGCGGGCGUUAACCCCACUGAUAUAAGAGGUUCGAAAACAGGAGUAUUCAUUGGACUAUGUACCUCUGAAACAUUCGAUUAUAUGAAUAUGAAUCCAGAUAUAAUGAAUGGUUACAGUCUAACAGGAUGCUGCAAAUCGAUGCUCCCUAAUAGAAUAUCUUAUACUUUUGAUUUAAUUGGUCCCAGUUGCGCAAUAGAUACAGCCUGUUCUAGUAGCCUCAUCGCCUUGCAGCAUGCGGAAACUGCGAUCAGAAAUGGAGACUGUGAAGCAGCGAUAGUAGGCGGAGUGAAUCUCAUUCUCAACCCGACCUAUGCCUUACAGUUUCAGAAACUAGGUAUGUUGAGUCCUGAAGGCAAGUGCAAAGCUUUCGAUAUUUCUGGAGAUGGUUAUGUUAGAUCAGAAGCAGCAGUGACAGUUUUUUUACAGAGAGCCAGUGUGGCUAAAAGAAUGUAUGCGACUAUAGUUGGUGCUAGAACAAAUACUGAUGGUUACAAGGAAGAAGGUAUCACAUUUCCUUCUGGAGCGAUGCAAAAACAACUCAUCGAUGAGUUAUAUGAUGAAAUAGGUAUAAAUCCAUUAGAUGUUUCUUACAUAGAAGCUCACGGUACUGGUACCAAAGUAGGAGAUCCUCAAGAAGUCAACUCUAUUGCUGACAUUUUCUGCAAGAAUCGGAAAGAUCCUCUCCUCAUUGGUUCAGUGAAGAGUAAUAUGGGUCAUUCAGAACCAGCGUCUGGUCUGUGCUCACUAGCAAAAAUUGUAAUAGCCAUGGAAUCGGGGAUGAUACCUCGAAAUCUUCAUUUCCAAGUACCUAACAAAGACAUUCCUGCAUUGAAUGAUGGGCGCUUGAAGGUUGUAACAGAAAACGUACCUUGGAAAGGAGGUUUAAUCGCCGUCAACUCCUUCGGAUUUGGUGGUGCUAAUGUUCAUGUUAUCUUGCGUUCUAAUCCCAAACCAAAAAAGACUUCGCAUAAGUUGUCGAUACCACGUCUAGUGGGUGUUUCAGGUAGAACUGAACAAGCCGUAGAACGUUUUCUCGUGAACGUAGAAGAAAACAAGCAGGACGAAGAGUUCUUAGGACUCCUGGAUGGAAUUCAUGAAAAAAAUAUUAAGGGGCAUGCGUUCAGAGGGUACACUGUAUUGAAUGAGGAACCCAUCACAAAGAUUAAGGAAUUUUCACCUGAAAAGAGAGCCAUUGUAUUUAUUUAUGCAGGAGUAGGUGCACAAUGGCCUGGAAUGGCAGAGGAGUUGAUGAAGUUAGAUUGUUUCAAAAAUUCAGUUCAAAAGUGCGCAGAUGUCCUAGUGCAGGAGGGCAUAGAUUUAGAGAACGUUCUGACCAAUAAAAGCGAAACAAUAUUGGACAAUGUCGUGAAUUCAUUUAUAUCCAUAACUGCGAUGCAUGUGGCGUUAACUGAUGUUCUGAAAACUGUUGGUGUUGAACCAGAUAUGAUAAUAGGUCACUCGGUUGGUGAAAUCGGUUGUGCAUAUGCUGAUGGUACAUUGACGAGAGAACAAGCUAUUCUGGCAGCCUACUCUCGAGGUCGUGCUAUUUUGGAAUCCAAACUGCCUCUAGGUGCUAUGGCAGCAGUUGGACUUUCUUUAGAAGAAACGAGGAAAAGGUGUCCCCCUGAGAUAUUUCCCGCUUGUCACAACAGUAAUGAUAGCGUGUCUGUCUCUGGACCACCAGAGUCAAUCAAAAGGUUCAUCGAAGAUCUACACAAGGAUGGCAUUUUUGCUAAAGAAAUCAAUACAUCAGGUAUAGCAUUCCACAGCAAAUACAUUGCUGAAGUUGGUCCAAACCUACGAGAAGCUCUGGACGUGAUUAUACCAUGUCCUAGGCCUAGAUCUACGAAGUGGAUUUCUUCUUCUAUUCCGGAAACAGAAUGGAAAUCUUCAUUGGCAAAAUAUAGUUCUCCAGCUUAUUUCGUCAACAAUUUGAUAUCCCCUGUUUUAUUCAAAGAGGCUCUGGAAUACGUUCCUAAUAACGCCAUUGUAAUUGAAAUUGAUUCUAAUGGACUUCUCCAAUCUAUCCUCAUGAAGGAACUGGGAAACGACGCAACGAUUGUUAAUCUAGUGAAGAGAAAUUACAUUGACAAAAUAUCUUUCUUGCUGUCUGCCAUUGGAAAAAUUUUCAUUGCUGGUGCUCAACCAAAGAUUGGUAAUUUGUACCCUCCAGUUACUUUUCCUGUUGGUAGAGGUACUCAAAUGAUCAACUCUAUGAUCGAGUGGGAUCAUUCAGUUGAAUGGAGUGUGGCUGAUUUUUCCGGAAAAGCAAAUCGUUCUAGGGAAUCCGUCGUGGAGAUAGACUUGAGUAAAGAAUUGAGUAAAUACUUAGCUGGAUACAUUGUUGAUGGACAAGUUGUUUUUCCAGUUUCAGGAUAUUUAGUUAUUGUAUGGAAAGCAUUUGCCAAACUGAAAAACAUGGAUUUCCAGCAACUACCAGUAGUAUUCACAGAUGUAUGUUUCCACAAGACCACCAUUUUAUCUGAUAUAGGUCCCGCAAGAUUUCUCAUCAAUAUCCUCGAAGGAACUGGAGAAUUUGAAGUUUGUGAAUCUGGGUCAGUCGUUGCAUGUGGUAAAAUAUCUAUACCAGAUGCGUCUAUGGAAUCUAUGGUUCUACCUGAACUGAAUAUAACAUCAGAAGAACAAGUGCUACAUUUAACUUCUGAUGAUAUCUACAAAGAAUUGAGAUUACGUGGAUAUGACUAUAGAGGUAUUUUCAAAGGAAUCAUCGAAUCGGAUGGUUUAGGAAUGAGAGGAACACUUGCAUGGAAGGAUAACUGGAACACCUUCAUCGAUACCAUGUUUCAAUUCUCUAGUCUUGGAGAAAAGUCUAGGGAGCUAUACUCCAUCACUCGGCUACAGAGAGUUUCAAUAAAUCCGAAAAAACAUCUGGAAUUCAUUCAGAAAUUUUGUGAUGGAGAAAAUAUUCCAAUUGAUAUGUAUCAAAACAUGGGCGUUGUGAAGUCAGUAGGGGUCGAAAUAUGCGGGAUCAUAGUGAAUCCAGCUUCAUGUCAUCAACAAGCCCAACCACGAAAAUUAGAGAAGUAUCAGUUCGUGCCCUACGACAAUACUCUCACUCUUAUUAACAAUUCAGAGGAAGCUAAAAUGCAAGCCCUUCAUGUAGUUCUAGAAAUUGUUAUAGAGAACAGUUCCAACGCUCUCAAGUUGAAUGUAUCUGAAUUGAUUACAGGCAAACCGAUAGAAACAGCCUUAUCUCCAAUGAUCAAAGUUUUAAUCGAUAAUGAGCCAAUGAUGUCGACAGAAAUAACUCUAGUAACGACAGAAUCUGUUGAUGCAUCAAUUCUAGAAGUGGAUGAUAUCAAACAUGAAAUACGAGAUAUAAAUAAAUAUUCGAUUGCUAAAGAUGCACAUCUGAUUGUCACAAGUGAUAUUUCGGAAAAUAAUCAUGAGAUUGUUUUGAAAAACGCUAUUGCGUCUAUCAGAAUUGGAGGAUUCAUAUUACUAGAAGAAAUCAGGGGUCCUAUCGAUAUCAAAAAGUUAGGUGGUUUGGAGAUUAUCAGCAAACAGUUAACCGAUGAAAAAAUGUAUAUACUCCUACGAAGGCCUAUUCCACUACUGACAGAUAGUGAAAUCAUUAAGAUUACUGAUUUGAAUUUCACGUGGAUUGAACCACUCAAGGAACUAAUGGUGCAAGCGGAAAACAACAAUCGUAGGAUUUAUAUUUAUGUCGAAGGAGAAGAAAUCUCUGGUAUUAUUGGUUUGGUCAAUUGUUUGAAACUUGAACCUGGGGGUUCAAACCUGAGAUCCGUGUUCAUAAGAGAUACAAAUGCACCCAAAUUCAGCAUAACCGCAUAUGAAAGUCAACUAAAGAAGGAUCUAGUUCAUAAUAUACUGAGAAACAAGACUUGGGGAUCCUUUCGGCAUCUACCUGUGAACUACAUCAAAAAUAGUGAGAAGUUGCAAGUUGAACAUGCUUAUGUUGAUACAUUGAUCAGAGGAGACCUUACAAGUUUGAAAUGGAUUGAGGGACCUCUCAAAUAUCAACAGUAUGAAUAUGCGCACCCUAAUGUCUGCCACAUCUAUUACGCAGCCCUGAAUUCUCGUGAUAUCAUGCUUGCCACCGGAAGAUUACCAAUGAACGUCAUUCGAGGAAACGUCGCGAUUCAGACAUAUAAUUUGGGCGUUGAGUUUUCUGGGACGGAUAUCAGUGGCAGGAGGGUGAUGGGAAUUGUGGACGGAAAGGCUUUGGCAACAAUGGUUUUGACGAAUUCUAGCUUCUUAUGGGAGGUGCCAGAGGAGUGGAGUCUCGAAGAGGCAGCGACAAUUCCUCUAGUUUAUGCGACAAGCUAUUACGCCCUCAUAGCCAGAGGUGGUCUGAAACCUGGUAAAUCCAUACUAGUUCAUGCAGGUACCAGUGGGGUAGGUCAAGCCUCCAUCACCAUUGCUCUCCAAAUGGGUUGCACCGUCUUCACUACAGUUAGUAGCCAAGUGAAACGAGAUUUUCUCAAGAAAUCUUUUCCCCAACUCAAAGAUGAAAAUAUUGGUAACUCGAGAAAUAUCAGCUUUGAACAGAUGGUCAAGAUUCAAACCAAUGGUCGGGGAGUUGACUGUAUUUUGAACUCUUUGGAAGGUCAUCAAUUACAAGCGUCAGUUAGGUGCUUGGCUGUUGGUGGAAGAUUUCUAGAAAUUGGUAAGCCAGAUAUGUUCGAUGAUUCGUCAAUUCGUAUGAGCAUGUUAUCAAAAAAUACAACAUUCUAUGGCGUCAACUUCAAUUCAUUAUUCUACUGCGAUAGCACUGAAAGGCGACACGUUAAAAAUUUGGUCACCGAAGGAAUGAAAAACGGUAUUGUCCAACCACUUUCCACAACAGUAUUUGAAAAACAGGAAGUCGAAAAAGCUUUCAAAUUCAUGACUACUGGAAAACAUAUUGGUAAAGUAUUGAUCAAAAUCAGAAAUGAAGACAACAUACAGAUUCAACGUCCCUAUUCGAAAAUGUUUAGUGCCAUUCCUCGUACCUACAUGCAUCCAAAGAAAAGUUAUGUGUUGGUGGGUGGACUCGGUGGUUUUGGACUCGAAUUAACUGAUUGGCUGAUCACAAGAGGAGCAACUAAGAUAGUCUUAGCAUCCAGAACUGGCAUCCGAACUGGUUACCAAUCCUUGUGCAUAAGAAGGUGGAGGAAAAUGGGCAUCAAAGUACAUAUUUCUACAUCUGAUAUCACUGUCGCAGAAGGUGCCAGAAAACUUUUAGACGAAGCGAUCAGAUUGGGCCCUGUUGGAGGAAUUUUCAAUUUAGCAGCAGUUUUGCGAGAUGCCUUGAUGGAGAAUCAGUCGGAAGCCAAUUUUGGAAUAGUUUGCAAGCCGAAAGUUGACGGAACUAAAAUGCUCGAUGCUGCUUCGAGAAUUCAAGCUCCACAGUUGGACUAUUUCGUUACAUUCUCGACUGGCUCCUGUGGUAGAGGAAAUCCAGGACAAUCGACCUAUGGCUUCGCCAAUUCUAGCAUGGAACGCAUAGUUGAAUCCCGUCAAGCUGCUGGUUUCCCUGGUAUGGUCAUACAAUGGGGUGCGAUUGGUGAUGUCGGGAUGUACAUGGAGGCUACGGGCAGCAAUGAUAUUGUACUACAGGGUACUUCACCUCAAAAGAUGAAUUCAUGCCUAGACACAAUUGACUUUUACUUGCAACAUCCGUCUCCUGUAGUUUGUAGUUUGAUUCUAGCUGAGAAGAAGAGAGUUGGGGAUGGUGAUGAAUGUCAAGUCGAUUUGAAAAAUGCUGUGUGUAAUAUUUUGGGGAUCGAGAAUAUUGCUACUGUAUCGCCCCAUAUGACUUUAGCUGAUAUAGGUAUGGACUCCUUGAUGGGCCUUGAAAUAAAACAGGUAAUGGAACGAAAUUAUAACCUACUUCUCAGUUCUCAAGAAAUACGAGCACUUUCUUUUGCCCGUCUCAUCGAGCUCAGUGGCUGCAAUGAAACCCCUGCUAUCCCAUUAUCUCCAAAACCAUAAAGUGUAAUGUAGUGAGUAGUUGAGAAUAAAGUUCUGAUAAAAUUCUAAUGUGUUUAAUGUCC